CCACGUCGAAACAUUUCUCGCUGCCAGUUCAGCACGUGUCCGCCCCUCUGCUUAAAAGUUGCGUCGCGUCAAUCUGCCAUACAAUCAUUAUCUACACGCUACUUUAUCGUCUCACCAUCUCCCGGCCGAAACCUUCCAUUUAGUCGCCGCCUACUCCCGUUCACGCACCAUGGCCAAGGAGCCUUCCAAGCCCGCUAAGCAGGCCACCCUCGCUGCCUUCUUCGGCGCACCCAAGCCAGGCCCAAGACCGUCCCAGCCAAGGUCUUCACAGCCCAAGUCGUCCCCAGCCUCCACCCUCCGCACGCCUUCGACCUCUGUCGCUGGCAGCUCGCCUGUCCAAGCAAAGUCUUCCCGGCCGGCUCCCAGCAGCAGCAUCAAGAGGAGUAGUCCACUGAAGCAACCCGAGCCGUCAUCAGAAAUCACUGCGAUCGAGGAUGAAGAUGAUGAGCUCACCCCGCCGCCCAAGAGUGACGUAUCUGACGCUACCACGGUCGGAGAGAGCUCAAGUGGCAAGAAGCGGGAUGAGGAUGAGGAGAUGGACGAUGAUGAGCCGCCUAUCGUGACUGGCCGACGGGCAAAGCGAAAGGUUGUCUAUGUUGAUCCCGACAGCGACGAUGACUCUGAAGGCGAGGUUAAGCCUAAAGCAAGUAAUGGUAGAAGGCCACGAAAAAGUCUAAAGGAGGAUUCUGAGGACGAGUACAUGUUUGACGAAGCGGACGAUGCUGCUAUGGCUGCUGCUCUGGACGAUUUCGAGGCCAACAAACUUUCUCCCUCCAAAUCUCCUUCUCCUCCCAGAAAAAUAACCAAGGCCAAAGCUACGCCCUCUGCGUCGUCUAAAAAGCCCACCACCACACCAAUCCGUCCUGGACCCAAGCCCGUUGCCAAUAAAGGCUCUGAAUCCAACUCAUUCCUCACCGCCGCCGAGCGCAAGAAGAUUCAAGCCAAAGAGGACAAGCGUGAAUCUGAACAAUGCUUCGACUUCCUUGUCAACAUUCGAGACAAGGAAGGAAACCGCCCAGAUGACCCUGAUUAUGACAAGCGCUCAAUUCUCAUCCCGAAGAAGAGCUGGGCCGAGUUUACGCCGUUUGAGAAGCAGUUUUGGGAGAUCAAGCAAAAUCAUUACGACACUGUCCUAUUCUUUCAAAAAGGCAAAUUCUACGAGUUAUACGAGGAUGACGCUUUGAUCGGUCACCAAGAGUUUGAUCUCAAAUUGACUGAUAGGGUCAAGAUGAAGAUGGUCGGUGUCCCCGAGCAAUCUCUUGAAUUUUGGAUCGCCAAGUUCCUCGGUGCAGGUCACAAAGUUGGAAUCGUCGACCAAGCUGAGACUGCUAUUGGGAUGGAGAUGCGAACAAAGGCUGGUCAAAAGACUGGAGGAAGAGAGAUUGUCCGACGAGAGUUGGCUAGAGUGUUCACUAACGGAACCAUUGUCGACAGUGGUUACUUGAACUCUGAUGAUCCCAAUCAUUUGGUCUCUAUCAAGGAAUCAUCUGGUAGCCCGGAAGGCAUCUCUUCCUUUGGUAUCUGUAUCGCCGAUGCCUCGACUGGUGAAUUCUCAAUCUCUUUCUUUGAGGAUGAUGUCUGCCGAACUCGGCUCGAAACGAUGUUCAGGCAGAUUCGCCCCAAGGAGCUCAUUCAUGCCAAGGGCAACUUGUCUGUCACGACCACCCGACUCCUUCGAAAUAUUCUCCCUUCGUCCACAGCCUGGCAAUCGUUUAGGGACGGCAAGGAAUUUUACACCGCCGAAGAUACACUCAAUCUCCUCCCCUCCAUCUUUUCCAACGAACAAGGUCAAACUACCAUCCCAGAAGCCAUCACCUCGCUUCAAGAUAACGCCCUUGCCAUGGAAUCUCUCGGCGGAAUGCUUUUCUACCUCAAGUCGCUCAACCUUGACAAGGACUUGUUCUCUCAACGCAACUUUAACAUUUACGAUCCCAUCAAGGAGGGUAAAAACCUCAUCUUGGACGGCAAGACCCUCGGUCACAUGGAAGUGUUGGUAAACAAUGAAGGUGGUAUCGAAGGCACUCUGGCCGAACUUCUUCAGCGGUGUGUUUCUCCAUCAGGCAAGAGGUUGUUCAAAGUUUGGUUGAGGUCACCGUUGAGAGAUGCGGAUGCUAUCAACGCCAGGUUGGACGCGGUUGAAGACCUUAUGAACCAUCCAAGGUUCUCUGGUGAUUUCACCCAGCUUUGUAAAGGACUUCCCGAUCUUGAACGUCUAAUCUCUCGUAUUCACGCCGGCUCUGUCAAGCAAUCUGACUUUCUUCAAGUCGUCGAGUCAUUUUCAAAACUCCAAAAAGGUAUUGACAACUUGAUCGACAUGUCUGAAAGCUUGGAGUCUACGGGAGUCAAGGCGCUGCUGAGGAGUGCGCCAGACUUGAGUGGGAUGAUUCAACAUAUUCGAGGGAUGUACACUAUUGAGCAGAACGAGAAGACGAUUGCUAUCCUUCCCAACCCGGGCGCGGAUGAGGAAUGCGAUGCCGCGGACGCCGAGGUUGAACGUAUUGAGGAAGAGUUGAACGAGAUUCUUGAAGAAGUUAAGAAGACUCUAAAGUGCAAGGAAGCAGUAUUCUGGCAUAGUGCUCAAGGGGGGAAGGAGAUCUUCCAAAUCCAAGUCCCGGCAAGCGUCAAGGCCCCUGCCAGGUGGACAAAGGCUAGUGGUACCAAGAGUCACAACAGGUAUUACACCCCCGAGACUAUCCCAGUCAUCAGACAGAUUCAAGAAGCUCGUGAGACCCAAGCAGCUGCCAAGAAAAACUUUUUCAAGCACCUCAUGGAUGAGUUUAGCAAGGACCGUGAGACAUGGCUUAUCACCGUUCGAGUGAUCGCCGAGUUGGACUGCCUCGUCUCCCUUGCCAAAGCGUCCUCCGAUAUGGACGAACCCAAGUGUCGGCCUACCUUUGUUUCCUCUUCCUCUGCGUUUAUCGACUUUCGUGACCUCCGACACCCAUCCAUGUGCCUCCGCUCCGAUUUUAUUUCAAACGACGUUCAGCUCGGCGGAGAUCAGCCUAGACAGGUGCUGUUAACAGGUCCGAAUAUGGCGGGUAAAAGUACGCUGUUGAGAAUGACUGCUGCAGGAGUUAUCAUGGCACAGUUGGGAUGUUAUGUGCCCGCUAGUGAAGCGAGAUUGAGCCCGGUGGAUAAGAUUCAGACUAGAAUGGGUGCCUAUGACAAUAUGUUUGCGAGUGCGUCGACUUUUAAAGUUGAGCUGGAUGAAUGUUCUCGCAUCUUGCGUGAAGCCGGACCAAAGUCUCUUGUCAUCCUGGACGAGCUUGGUCGGGGAACCUCAACCUACGAUGGUAUGGCCAUUGCCGGUGCAGUGUUACAUCAUAUUGCUACUCACUCCCUCCCCUUGGGAUUCUUCGCUACCCACUAUGGAUCCCUCACCGACGAUUUCGCGUACCAUCCGAAUAUCCGUAGGAUGCACAUGCAAACGCACGUUGAUGACGAGCAAAAGCAAGUUGUCUUUUUGUACAAGCUCAUCCCCGGUGUGGCGGAGUCAUCGCACGGUACACACGUUGCAAGGAUGGCUGGUGUCCCACUAGAUGUCGUCCUUCGUGCCGAAUCAGUAUCCCAACAGUUCUUUUCUGCAUUCAAUGACAAGCUCGUCAACCGUCGUCAGUCAAAGAUGCCUAUUGUUGCCCAAGCAGAUUUUGCAUGGUUGAUGAGGGUCGUCAAGGGUUUGGAAGGUGCGGUAGCUGGUAGUCAGGAUAAGAAGGGCAUACUGGGAGGGCAUGAGGCGACCUUGGCUGAUCAGCUGGAUAUUGUCGAGCGAUGUGCGGGGGGCUAUGAGAUUGCUGAGGCAUAGUAGAAAGUGAAAGAUUUUGGUUGUAUCUACAAGUUAUAUUCAAAAAGGGAUAUCGUCUCUAUGUCAUAGGUUAGAAGUUCAUGUAUGCAUUGCUAGUAUCA